CUUUGGUGGAAUUGAUUCGGAAUCUCAACAUCAAUAAUAUAUCCACUAUCCUUCAAUGUUAUUCCGUCAUCAAUAUUUCCCUCUCUCAAAUGUCCAGUGUCUGACGUGUCCAGGUGUACGUGUGUGUGUGUUGGGGCGAAGGAGCUCACUUCUCGAGCUCAGGACGCUUUCUCCAAAGCAACCGCUUCCAGCAUUCGCAAAAGGCCUGUCGGAUCUUCUGUUCCUGCGCGAGAAGAUUUGGAGGGCGCGGUCGUCGUCUUCCGCAGACAAUCCGCAGCAAUGCAUCCGAUCCGGUGCACGGGUAUGUCAGAGCAGCAACCUGUCCUUUCAAUACCUGGGAAGCUUGCUCCUUUGGCUCGUAUCUUUGCUGUUUGUCCUUAGAAUUCAAACUACCUCGAUUUCUUGACAAGGUCUUUCUUUUUUUUCAAGCUCCAGGUGUUGACUGCCAAGCCGCUCGUCGACAUGCAGGCCUCGGUGUGCUGUCGUGACUUGACGUCUGUAAUCAAUUUUCAAUCUAUUGCACCGAACUUCUCGCAGUCGGUUGUAUUGUCAAAGGCUGUCAACC